GUCGGUAUCUAUGAUCAACAAGCUAUAGACGAUGUUAACUGUCAUCACAAGUUAGCACUAUUAUCAACAACUGGAUCUCGCGCAGCAGACAAACAAAAGGAUUAUUUUAAAAAUAUAAAAUUAAGCACAUAUGCUAAUUUUAGUAAGCUUUAGUUUAGCAACGGAAGCAUUUCGACCAUGGUUGUGUGACUACAAAUACAGUUGGUCCAUUACAAUAGACCCAUAAAAAUACAUGACUAUAUAGGCCUAUUGUGACCGAUGAUGGAGGAAGCAUGCGCGCCUAUACAGAGUGCCUGUGGUGAUAAUGGCGCUUCACGUCAACUUCCAAUGCUUUCUGUUGACUUCAUGUCUCGAGAUGACUUCAAAGCUAGCAAGAAUCUGCGUCUAACACGCAGUGGACAAUAUACUAUAGAAAAAGAAAAAUUGGAUCAGGACGUUUGGCAAAGAAAGCCUCCGGAUUUUAGGCCGCAAACAUAUAGACCCUCGCCACCAAAGAGGAACACUCGAGAGAGUAUGCAGCCCUGGAAGUAUGGUACCUUUCCCGGGACCUCAAAGCCUAAACCACUUGUCAGCUACGAGUUGAAAUUCCCAAAAUUGUUACAACCGGCGCGUCCAAAAAGUCGCCAAUUCAUUAAUAAAUUCAAAAUAAUUGAUUCAGACGAAGCCAAGCAACUGUUCGUAAAAGAGGGGAUGUACCCAAGAGAGGCUUAUCAGAUGCCAAAGAAGCAUGACUUUAGAGGCUAUCCACCAAUUGGCUCUUUAGGACUUUCAGAAUUCCGAACAGAUAUGGAAAGUGAUCCAUAUGGUUUAAAAUUUAAAACAGCCAAUAAAGACGUCAUUUACGGUUUGGUGCAGCCGAUAUCUGAUCGAUACAUGGGUCGACAGAUGGGUCGUGGUCCACUAACUCAAGGUCCGAAAUGGGAUUCGAAGCUUAUCUUACCGAAAGCGAAAUGGCCGAUUAGAAGUGCAGAAUUUUCGCGUUUUCGACAACAGAAUCGAUCCCCAUCCGUGGCUUUAAUGGAUCGUAUAGAGGAAACAUUGAAUAAUCGAUGGACAGAUGAAACUCGGGAGAGAAAUGCGAGAAGGAAGGAAAGGCAGCAAAUUGAAAAAGAACGGAGGUUUCGCGAAGAAAUAGCUAAAGAAAUGUCAGCGAUGAGGUGACACAACAUCAAAAGUAGGCUCACUGAAGAUGUACUUAUAUGUAAAUAUACAUAAAAUAAUCCAAAGGUGCUAAAAUGUCAGUGGUAUAUUAGGCCUAUAUAUGUGAGUCAUACAUCGCAGACUACAAGAAGUACGUGAAGGCGAGCGCACACUGCGCCGACGGACGGUCAGCCGACGCGAUUAAUGACGAUCAGUUCCGAAGCACUGGGCCCCAGUCUGUAGGGGCCAAAGAGGGCAAUCCUAUUAAUAAGCAGCAUUCCUUUAACAAAGCCUUGACAUUAUGGUCAGAAGCACCAAAAGCUGGCAAAUUAAAACAAUGUAGUAUCACGGUUUUAACUCUGAAAUAAUGAAAAAAGGGUCUAGAAUUUACAGAGAAUUCGAAUUAAAUUAUAUUAAUAACAGGUUACGGUAUUGUUUGAUAUUCCAAUGUGAAGGGCCCUAAUAAUCCAUUACUAAAUGCAUGGGCCCCCAACACUUUCUCGCCCCCAUGAGUCGUUGUUACGCUACUGGUUCAUAGUGAGUGGAGAUGGAUGAUUUGUCGAUGGUCCUUCAAUCUAAGAAUGUAAGAUCACCACGGACAAAAACAAAACAUUUCUGAUGCCACCAUAUCUUAUCCUUUUUCUCUUUUACAAUAUUGUUUUGUAGGUGAAGAUUCAUCAUAUUUUUUGCCAUUCUCUACUCAAACUUAUGCAUCUUAUAAAAUACUGAUGAAUAUAUAAAUUAUAGCUUAUGGUGUUACUGUGAUGUUAGGCCAACCGAUAGUGAAGACAAACAUAAUAAAUAUAUAUGUUGUGAGAUCCCGUAUGCUCUCCAAAGAACCAAUAAAUAUUUUUUCAGAUACCUGGGUAAUUAAAACGUAGAUGACGCUCACACAUAAUAUUAGCGUAGACAUACAGUAGGCCUGUAGGCCUAUGUAGGACUAUAUCAAGAAUAUUUAUUUGAUUGCCCUUGUUUAUUUUAAAGUAGGCCUAUAUUUCUCCCAACUGACUCAUUAAAACGUAGAUGACGCUCACGCAUAACAUUAGCAUAGACAUACAGUAUUUAUAUAAAGAAUAUUUAUUUCAUCACCAUGGUUUAUUUAAAAACAGGCAUAUAUUUCUCCCAUUAAAUUUGCCACGCAACGAACCAUUGGACAUUUUCUACCAGAAAAUAAUUUAAAAAAAAAAGUGCACUAAAUUUACUCCAUAAAUCAUUAUUAGGCAUGUAUUUCCUGUUUGGUUGAGUAAAGCCAAAUUAUACCUCUAUGGCCAAGCAUGGAGGAAGCAAAUUCCAUGGGCCAAGUUAAACUCAAUCAUGACUCAACUAACAUAAUGACCACACAAAUGUUCUGAAUUCAAGGACGUGGUUGGCCAAAACCUACGUGGUUGACGCACAGGACGCUGGACGGUCCUGACGUCACCGAGCAAAUCGAAAGCUCUCUAUUCAUUGUUAGUUUCAUUUAUUUAUUUAUUUAUUCAGGUAUAAAAAUAUAAAACAAUUACAAACAAUAGCCGAAGCUGAAGUGGUUUGCUUCACAAAAUUUGUUCACAAUAUUAAAACCUUAAAACUUAUUCACCAUAUCAAAACCUCAAGUAGACAUAACACAGUAAAAUGUUGAUAAGAUAAGAUAAAAAAAAAACAUAAGAAAUUCAGUUCAUUAAAAACAAAAUUAAGUCAAAUUAUUAUCAUAAUUAUAGAAAUAAAAAGGUCACAUUAUUAAGUUAUCAUUAUUAUCAUUUUAGUUACUAGUGUUUAAAUUAUGUUUAUAUGUUAUUAUACAGUAAUAUAUUGCACUUUUCCGUUAUUGGUACUUUAAUACAUUAUUAAUUUUAUUAAUUUAUAUACAGGUAAAUAUUGCAAUUAUCAUUAAUUUAUUAUUAUCAUUAUUUUACAAAUACUGUAAUUAGGCCUAUAGGUUUUUGCAGUAGGAAUGAAGAAAAAGAAUUAAAAUUGUAAAAUUAUAAAAUUAAAAUGCACACACACAACACACACACAAAAAUAACAAUCAUUCAAAUGGGGUACAUUAUGAGGAAUUGACUAAUUAGUUCGGUCAACUAUAAAAACUUGUAUUCAAGAGGCGAAUUACGAAGGUAUUGUAGAUUUUUUAAUCUCUCUGUGCGCCAUUUUGGCUCAAUAAGUAAUGAAGUACUGCUUUUCCUGAAGGAAAAAGUAGUGUAAGUAACAUUGGGAGGUAGUAGACGCCUAGGAUGCCUAUCAGAUUUCAGAAGUUUUUCACCAAAUUUCAGCAAUAGUAUGUCACUUCUUGAUUCGAGAGAAUAAGAGUUAGUAGAGAUCUACUAUACGAGUGGUAGCAUUGUCCUAAAAUAAUUCGACAAGCCCUAUUUUGGACACGUUUAAUUUUCAGACAUUGAUAUUUGGUGAUAGAGCCGAUGCCAAACCUCAGA